AUGGAGAAGGACACCUCGUCAGCCUGCAGGAGGCACCAACCCAACCCUGGGGCCCCUCCUUCCUCCAUGGCGUCUGGACAUCCCAACGUGGGCAGCGAAGUGGCCGAACUUCAGAGGAGCAAGAGUGUGGGCGGCUUACACCAGAAAGGGGACCCCCCGAACUGCAUCAAGAAGCAGCACAUGGAGUCCGAAUCUGAAGAUCAGGAAAAAGACCCAAGAAACGAUGCAGACGAUGCUAGCUGUCAGGAAAAUCUAGAGGAAAACAAAAAGGAAAAUAUUGAUGAUACCCUGGAAAAGUUGGACUAUGAUAGUGAAAAAGUGGAACUGGAGACUGAAAAGAGUGGCUCAGAAACCAGUGCCAAGGAGGAGCAGGAGGAAGGAGAGGACACAGACAAAAUCACGGAAGAGGCCAAGGAACAGGAGGCAAAGUCCAUAAAGCUAGAUGACCUUCUAGAAACAGAGAAACCAUCUGUGUUUGUGGAGAUUGAUCUAGAAGAACAUGCUGAGGAGGUUGUCCCAUGUGCUGUGAAAGAAGAGAAACCGUCCCAGAUGGACACGGGAGAUUUGUCUGAAGACGAAGCAAGGACCAGCUGGAUCUGCUGUAUUCCAUAUUCAACCAAAAAGAAGCCAAAGGAAAGUGUCUAGCAGCCCUGGGAGAAGUACCAGAAAGUCACACACCAUCCAAGAUCUUUAAAAAAAGAAAGAAGGCGGACGAGAUGGUUCAUCGCUAUUACAGAAUUUUAACUCUCCAUCUAAUUAUUCGCUAAAGAACACACUAGAAUGUAAAUGCAUUUUAAGACCAUCGGUUGAUGACGACUCAGCCAGUUAUAAGUUAUCAGGAAGCUUUACUGAGGCCAGGCUCUGUUUCACCAGGUGCCGGGGUGCAGAGGCUGGUGGGAAGGGCCCCUCAAGGGAUUUAGAGUUUAGGAACGUGGCUGCUGCCCGGCCAUCACUGACCUGGACACACAGCACCCAUAGGUCAAGCUCACCUUGGCCACCGACCCCUUUCUAUACCCACUGCCCUUGCACACCUUUGAAAGCCACUGUAGAAACAAACAAAAAAGAAGAACUUCUUAGCACCUCUUUCUAGAAAAUUCUGAGCCUCUCCGUGGAAAAAUCCUCCUGACCUUAAACUGACCCUGGGGUAAACGAAUGCUUGGCUUACAUGGAAACCCAUUCCCGAAAGACAUCCUUCCCACAAUGAUCAGAAAUAUUUCACUACACUUUUCCCACUGGCUGAAAUUCCAUAGAUUACAGCACCAUUGAUUUCAAAAUAAAAACAAAAACAAAAAUCCCCCUCAAAAAA